AUGCCGUCCAUCCAUAUUGCCAUACGCUCAACACGACGAGCAGUUGCAGACACUAUCCGCGCGCGUCCUGUGGCCUGUCUGACUCAUUUGCCUGCCCAAAGCCUGCGUGCGACCUCGAAUCAAAUUCGUCUCCGAGCCCCCACCAUCCCCCACCAUCAAAUCUAUCCCCGCCCUCGAUACUUUUCUUCAAUUCCUCCUCGCUCCUGUGAAAUCGAUACAAUGCCCAAGGAUAAGGUCUCUUUCAACCUCAAAACCCCCAAGGGGACCAAGGAUUGGUGCGGCUCCGACGCCCUCCUCCGUGACCGCAUCUUUACCACCAUCGCCGACGUCUUCAAGCGCCAUGGCGGGACUGCCCUCGAUACCCCCGUUUUUGAGCUGCGCGAGAUCCUGGCUGGUAAGUAUGGCGAGGAUUCCAAGCUCAUCUACGAUCUGAAGGACCAGGGUGGUGAAAUUUGCUCCCUACGCUACGACUUGACCGUUCCUUUUGCCCGCUGGCUCGCGAUGAACCCCGACGUACGCAGCAUCAAGCGUUACCACAUCGCCAAGGUCUAUCGCCGAGACCAGCCCGCCAUCAGCAAGGGCCGCAUGCGCGAGUUCUAUCAGUGCGACUUCGAUAUCGCUGGUGCGUUCGACCCAAUGGUGCCUGACGCCGAGGUGCUGCGAAUCGUUAGCGAGGUCUUCGAGGAGUUGGGCUGGAACGGUCGCUACACCAUCAAGCUGAACCACCGCAAGAUUUUGGACGGUGUGUUCCAGGUCUGCGGUGUGCCUGAGGAUAAGAUUCGUCCUAUCUCGAGUGCCGUCGAUAAGCUGGACAAGAUGCCCUGGGCGGAUGUACGCAAGGAGAUGGUCGACGAGAAAGGUCUGGACGGUGCCGUUGCGGACCGUAUUGAGGGCUAUGUCAUGAACAAGGGUAGCCGCGAGCUGCUGGAGAAGCUGCUGCAGGACGAGAAUCUCACUGCCAACGCCUCGGCCAAGGCCGGUCUGGAUGACAUGGCUUUGAUGAUGGAAUACCUGGAUGCUUUCGGCGUUCUGGACAAGAUCUCCUUUGACAUGUCACUGGCGCGUGGAUUGGAUUACUACACCGGUGUGAUCUACGAGGUUGUCACCGAGGGCUCAGCACCCGCUGUGCAGGCGGGCGACGCCGAGGCCAUCAAGUCCCAGAAGUCCAGCAAGAAGGAUAAGAAGAACGAUGAUGAUGACCGCUCAAAUGACCCCACUCUGGGUGUUGGCAGUGUUGCUGCCGGUGGUCGCUACGAUAACCUGGUGGGCAUGUUUAUGCCCAAGGCUCAGAUUCCCUGUGUCGGUAUCUCUUUCGGUGUCGACCGUAUCUUCUCCAUCACAAAGGCACGCCUUGAGCGUGAGCAAAAAGCCGACGCUUUCCGCAGCAGCGAGGUCGAUGCCUAUGUCAUGGCUUUCGGUGGUAAGGGUUUCACUGGUAUGCUCAAGGAGCGUAUGGAGGUCGCCCAGAAGCUGUGGCAGGCCGGGAUUAAGGCUGAAUUUUCCUACAAGGUGAAGCCCAAGCUGCCCCAACAGUUCAAGGCCGCCGAACAAGGCGGUGUCCCCUUCGCCGUCAUCCUCGGCGAGGAGGAGCUGAAGGCCGGCAAGGUCCGCCACGCGGAGAAGGAAGGUGUCGAAGUCGACAUUGCCCAGCUUGCCGACGAGCUCCAACAGCGCCUUGCCAACAAGCCCUCUGCUUCCGGCGCCACUUUGGCAGAGCAGUUGGGUGGUGUCAAGAUUAGCGCCUGA